AUGUCCAAGGCCGUCUUCCUGACUAAAACAGAAGGCAAACCGGGCCAAGUCUACUAUCCCCUCUCCGUGCAGGCACAGGCCCUCCCUACCCCACAGGGCCGCGAGUUACUCAUCAAGCUGACCGCGGCCUCGCUCAACCACCGCGAUGUCUUCCUACGCCAGCAUCUGUACCCGGGAGUCACGUUCGAUGUCCCCCUGGGUGCCGACGGGGUGGGCACGGUGGUCGCGGCGGGUCCCGAUGUCGCUAACCCGCAGCGCUGGCAGGGGAAACGAGUAAUCCUGAAUCCCGGGGUGGGCUGGGACAGCUCGCCUGAUGGCCCGGAAGAUCCCAAGGGGUAUCGGAUCAUGGGCGGAACGAAACUGUACAACAAGGGGACGCUGCAAGAAUAUGUGGCUAUCGAGGAGUCCGAGGUUGAGGAGGCGCCGGAACAUCUAUCGGAUGCAGAGGCCGCGGCGCUUCCUUUGACGGGGUUGACCGGGUGGCGGGCGUUGGUGGUCAAGGUUGGCGAGAGGAAUUCGGGCAAGGGGGCUGCCAUUCUGGUAACGGGGAUCGGAGGUGGGGUGGCUCUCAUGGUUCUGCGAUUUGCGGUGGCCAGGGGAGUCGACGUGUAUGUGACCAGCUCGAGCGAGGAGAAGAUCAAGAAGGCAGUUGAGCUGGGCGCCAAGGGUGGUGUGAGUUAUAAGGAGGAAGGAUGGGAGAAAAAGCUGCUGGGUCAGCUCCCCCCCGGAAAGACGGCUUUCGAUGCGGUCAUCGACGGUGCUGGAGGCGAUGCAGUCGAAAAGGCUGUCAAGCUACUCAAGGCUGGCGGCAUCCUCUCGGUCUAUGGAAUGACGGUCGCUCCCAAAAUGCCUUUCUUGAUGCAAGCGGUGCUGAAGAAUAUUGAGGUGCGUGGGUCUACGAUGGGCUCGCGCAAAGAGUUCAAAGAGAUGGUCGAGUUUGUGAGGAGCCAAAAGAUCCAUCCUGUUGUCUCGCGAGUAGUUCAAAGCGACUUGGGCGAUAUUCCGGCACUGGAUGAUCUUUUCCAGGACAUGAAGGAGGGCAAACAAUUCGGCAAGCUGGUCUUCGAAUUCGGCAAGGCGUCGGGAAGCAAACUAUGA